AGCCGGGGCAACCGGGCCCACCCUGUCGACGGGCCUGGAGGCCCCAAUGACGGGUAAAGACCCGCCUUCCUGUGCCCCGACAUCCACGGCUGAAGCCCCAGAACAAUGUAUCCAGACGCUGUCUUCGCCGGCCGUGGCAUCAGGAGUGGCCCUGGGCUUCUCAGUGGAGAGCCGCUCGACUGGCCGUGUCAAUGACAGGUUGCAGGCGGCAGCGAGGACUCGCCUGUGGUCCCUGGAGAAUGACAGCCAAGAGGUGGAAAUCCUGUUCAAGGAGCUGUCUGCCCGGCUGCUGUCCAUCCAGACCCAGAAGGACCAGUUUCUCAUCACUUUCAAGACUGUUGAUGAAAUAUGGAAGUUUUCCACCUACUUGAAUUUGGGGCUCGUGGCCUCCUGUCUGGAGCACCUGCUCCUGGAUGGGUCAUUCUGGCUGGACACCGCCUUGGUGGACGACACCGAAGUGCGGGUGGAAGUGGGGGAGGCGGAGCUGGCGGCCAUGUACCUGGACCUCCUGCUGCAGGAGGGUCAUUUCUUUGCCAGAGCACUGGGCCCCAUCCGCCCGGCUGCUGGGGAGGAAGCAGAGGGUCUGGAGCUCCGCUCGGGGGAGAUGGUCUGUGUGCAGAGCCCGGGUACUGGGCCAACGUGGGAGGUGGUGUCCUUGUCCACAGGGCGGCGGGGCCUGGUGCCCAGGAGCGCGGUCCAGCCACUGCCCAACCCAUUUCAACAGUGGUUUCUGAGGACCCACCCGGUGAGCUGUCGAGUCGCCUGGCAUGGUGGGCCUGUGGGGCCCCAACAGAUCCGGAGCGGGCAAUGCCGGGCUGUGGAUGAUUGUCCAGGGGAAGGUCCGGACGAGCUGAGCUUCUGCCAGGGAGACACCAUCCAGGUCGUUGGCCUGCUCGUUCCUGGGCUGCAGUGGUUUCUGGGAAAAUCCAGCCUCACUGGGGACGUGGGCUUCGUCCGCACAGAGCACGUGGACCUCAGCUCCUGCAAACCACUGGGUCAGCUCUCCAUGUUUCUUGGCGAGGAUGAACCCCUCUUCCCAGGGGUCAGAGAGGAUGAUGGGAGUGCCCACCUGAGCGCCCUCACCCACACUGACAUUGCCACUGUCUACCGGCUCAGCGACGGCCCCCUGGAUCCUUUCUCAGCCCCAAAACCCCAGAUCCAGAGACCCCAGUGCCAGAGACCUGAGAGCUGGAGCAGGAGAUCCUGGAGCCAAAGCUCCCAGAGCCUGAGCUCCCAGAGGAUGAGACCCCGGAGACGGAAACCCCGGAGCCGGAGACCCCGGUGCCAGAGACCCCGGAGUCGGAGCCAGAGAUCCUGGAGCCAGAGCUCCCAGACCCAGAGAUCACGGAGCUUGAGACCCCAGAGCCCAAGACCCGAGAGCCAGAGCCCCCAAAGCAGGAGACCUCAGAGUCAGAGACCCCAGACCCAGAGCUCAAGCUUCCAGACACCGAGACCCCGGAGCCAGAGCUCCCAAAGCCGGGGGUCCCGGAGUCAGAGACCUCAGAGUCAGAGACUCCGGAGCCAGAGUUCCAGCUCCCAAAGACCAAGAUCCCAGAGUUCCAUGCUGGAUGAUCCAGGGUCCAGCGACAGCCUCCUCGGGGGGGCUUUGGAUGAAGACCCCACCCUCACCUCCAGUAGGUCUGGCUCCUCGGACACAACCGGCCUAGCGGAGGAGCGACACCGCCCGGCCAGUCUACCCUUACCCGAAGACUUCGGUGAGGUGGACGCGGGUGUGACCCGUGUGGUGCCGGCGGCCGGCUCCCUCGACCCGGUCUUGACCUUCCUGAACCAGGACGGGGGCCCGGAGCCCUUCCGGGCCCUGUAUGACCUUGCGGCCUGCGCCCUCCCGGCCGCCUUCCCUGGGGCCUCGGAUGAGGGCGAGCUGACCGCUGCCCUGGAGGCUGCCCGGGCCGGGGCCACCCACCACCACCUGCCCUGGGCUCGUGCCCGGCUCUGUUUCCUGCUGGGCCGGCUCAGCCGCAGCAGGCUCAAGCUGUCCCAGGCCCGGGUGUAUUUCGAGGAGGCCCUGAGGGUGCUGCCCUCUGGAUUCGCGGACCUCCCCCUGGCUGCUGCCCUUCACACCCACCUGGCUGCCGUCUACCUGUGCCAGAAGGUGGGACCCAGGGGUGCCGCCUUGUUGGGGAAGGCCGCCGCCCUGCUGGUGGGGCAGCCAGUCUGUGGGGGCCCCGGAGCCGAGGACGAGCUGGCCGUCAUCAUGUACGCCCUGCGGGAGGGCAUUGUGGCGGGCAGUGCCCCCCUGGAGAGCCGCGCUUGCUUCCUGGCCGCCCGACUCCUCGUGCGGCUAGGCCGAGGGGACGAGGCCUUGCCCUUCGUAGAGCGGCUGCAGCUGCUUACCCCUGCCCCCGGCCUGCCCCCCGCCCUCGCCCCAGCCCCCAGUGACCCCAUCGCCACAGCCCUGCCUCUCCUCUAUGACAGGAAGUACCUGCCACACCUGGCACUGGCCGCUGCCCGGCCCCGAGGCCCCACUGUGGCCCCUCUGCCUGGCUGGUGGCUUGGCCUGGUUCUCCGCAGCACCACCAGGCUGUCUGCCCCCCGUGGGGUCCCGGGAUGGGGCCACAUCUCCCCCCUGGCAUGCCCCGCCCUCCGGGGGGCUCUGGCAGAUGCCCGGGCCCGGGAGGACAUAGGGUGGCAGCGGACACUGUGCCUGGCACUGGCCCGGGCUCACCUCCAGCAUGGCUGUCCAUCAGGGGCCUUCCGCUGCCUGUCUCAGGCUGUGGUGCUGGCCCAGAGGGUGGGCGAGGCAGAAGUGUUCGAGUCCACGCUGUGCCUGGGCUGGGCCUGUGUGAUGGCUGGGCAGGUGGGGCAGGCCCUGGAUGUCCUUGGGCCCCUUGUUCGGUCACCACAGGGGGCUGGCGGCCACAUCCAGUAUGGGGCGAUGCUCAACCUGCUGGCGCUGGCCCUGCAGCGGGCUGGGCAGGUGCGGGCAGCAGGUCGUCACUUUGCCCUGGCCCUGAGUGCAGCCCAGGAGGCUGGACAUGGAGAAAACCAGGCGGUGGCCCUGGCUAACCUCGGCCACCUGGCACUGACCAGACGGGCCCCGGGCUUGGCCACCCACUUUCUUCUGCGAGCCGCCCGGGGAUUCCUCAGGCUCCCGGGCGGGGCCGGGUCGGAGGCGGGGCGGGUCUUGUUGUGGCUGGGCAGGGCCCUCGUGGACUGCCAUCAGCUGGCUGCCGGCCGGAUGUGGUAUGAGAUGGCACUGCUCCUCGGUCUGGAGUCGGAUCACCUGGAGACCCAGCUCCUGGCAGUGGAAUCCCUCUGUGAGAUGCCCGGUGCUGCAGGCCCCGGCCCCCCGACUGUCUACCAUGAACACCGUUUGGUAGUGGCCCGGCGGCUCGGGGACCGGGGGCUGGAGGCACAGGUCCUCGGGACCCUGAGUCAGCUGUACCAAAGCUGGGGCUCCCCCAGGGCCCUGCAGCUCGCACUGGGGUUCACAAAGCAGCGCCUCAAAAUCCUCAUCGAUCUGGAGGACCGGGCCGGGGCGGCCCGAGCCUGGCUAGCGGCCGGCCGGCUCCACUACCUCCUGCACCAUGAUGAACUGGUCGACCUGUACCUGCAGGCUGCCAUCCGCACAGCGCUGACCACUGAGGAGCCUGGCCUGAUCCUGAACCUCUAUGAGGAGGCCGGAGACGUCUUCUUCGAUGGGUGUCACCACCGGCACCGAGCAGCAGAGUUCUAUCGGGAAGGGGCAGUUCCAUUAGCCCGCCGGGCUAAGGCCACCAACACUGAACUCCGGCUCUUCAACAAGCUGACAGAGCUACAGAUCAGCCUCGGGGCCUUCGAGAAGGCGCUGGAGGUUGCCACCCUGGCUGCCAGGCUCAGCACCAUCGUAGGGGACCAGCAGCAGGAGUUGGUGGCCUUCCACCGCCUGGCUACAGUGUACUAUUUCCUGCAGAUGUAUGAGCUGGCUGAGGAUUGCUACCUGAAAACUCUGGCCCUCUGCCCCCCAAUCCUGCAGGGUGCCCAAGAGGCCAUGUUCUACGCCAAAGUGUACUGCCGUCUGGGGACACUGACCUAUCACCAGCUGAAGGAUGCCCAUGAUGCUGCUGGCUACUUCUGGUUGGCCCUGGCCGCUGCCAUGGAGCUGGGGGAUGAGGAGCUGCAGGCGGCCAUCCGGGCCAGGCUGGGGGCCAUCCAGAGAUCUCCGCUGUGGGAAGAGGCCUCCGGGGGACGGUCGGCCGAGCGGGCCAGAUGGCUAAGCCAGGGAGGACGUGCUAUCUGAGCCAUGGAGUCACCAGCACCUGGGGUCUUCCCGGCAUUCACUGACCCUUCCUCGGGAUAGAUUCCCCCUUCUGCCUAGACACCCCCACCAGAAUGGACAUCACCAUGCCUUCUGGUCCCUAGGAUCCCCUGUUCGCCCCCAUCCCUGACUCCAAAUCUGUGUGAAAGUCAGUUCAGGGUGGGGGUCCCCAGGCUCCAGCCCCAACCCCUCCCUGGGGAAGCCAGGUUGGAACCCAACCACCUCCGGACAAAGUCAAAGGAGUGAAGGAAGCUGGAUCGUCCCCCUGCCUCAUAGCCCUGGCCACAAAAGCCCCUCUGAGUCCUCUCCUCAUAGCCCAAGAUGGGCAGGAUCACUGGGGUAGGCCAGCAACUGGUAUUAGUACUAGUAAUAGUAGCAGUAGCAGCAAUAAUAGUAGUAGCAUUAAGUGUUCACUUGGUAUGGUGCACUGUACUCGGCAUUUGGAAAGUACAGAAUAAGCAAGUGACUCAUUCCCUCUGCAUGCAAAGUGCCAGGGUAGAUACGCCACAAUCUAAAGGGGAAGACAGACAUGAAAAUGCUUACAGUUUGAGUUGUAAAUUGAGCUGACACAUACCCCCUCCUUAGCUCUGGUGUGUUUUAAGAAUGUGGUUUGGGGUUGCUGGGAGAUUAGCCGGGGGAAGCUCAUUGGAGGAGGUGGGAGGCCGGGGGCCCUGAAGAAAGCUGGUAGUAGGGCCACAUUCUAGCGAAUCAAAACACGGCCCACUUUCUUAAUCUGAGAUCAUUCGGCUCUCCAGGAGGAGAGAAUCAUGUAAAGAUUUUAAAACGAGCAACUCAA